ACGAAAUGGAGGCCAUGACGAAGGGGGAUCACACGACCCACCCGAAAAAUUUGGCGGACAUGGGGGGCGGCCGGUGGGGUUCAGAUGCCGGCAGGCGCGGGGGCUGGAGGGGACACCAUGGCCAGUGAGGGUGGAGGGGAGGCAGCCGACGAGGAGCAAGGGUCGACGAAAGACUCCACAUUCAGCGCAGGGAUCGGCGACGGUUAUGGGAAGAGGAAGAACAUGCGGCAACAAACCUUUGAGGUCGUCGCUGAGGUCAUGGACAAGCAUGGUGCGCUCAUGGUGAGCACAAUGGACAGCGCGAGCAAGCGGCAAUGCUCAAUGAUGUUACGUCAGUGCGAAAUCCUGGAGAGCGAAGUGGAAGUGCAGAGGAAACAUUAUGCUGCGGCGGAUGAGGCGAACAGAAUGAUGUGCAAUGCCCUUAUGGAGAUAGCAAAAGCCAUCCCCGCAGGGUCUUCAGGCAAUGUUGUUGCCGUGGCGAGGGCGAGAGAGGAGGUCCCUGUUGUGGAGCGGGAGGUGAUGCGCGGCGACAACAAGGCUGAAAGGGAGGAUGACGACCCCCUUCUAAGCCGGGUUCGGAGGGGAGGGAUGGCGAAAGAUCUGGCCGAGCGUGCCCGCCUGUGGGUAGAUGACAAAGCGUUCUGGACGAUGGGGGAGAGGCGAAGGCUAUACAACAUCGUCCGUGAAAUGCAGGAGUACUUUGUCGCCAUCGCCAGCGGGCUGCAAACGCCCACGGUGCCCAGGAGCGUCGUCAUGCCGAAAUCCUCCACGACCCUGACAAGGAUUGCAGAUCCCGCACAACUGCAGCAGGCGAUCUCUCGCGCGAUGGCAGUGGAGAAUAUUGCUCCGCGCGUCUUGCACAGAUGGGUCUUCAAGUCUGGGAACCGCCCCCGAGGAUUCAAUCUCGCUUUCCAGUACACGUUGGAGUCGGUGGCGACGGACAUUGCGCGCGUCAUGUGGUACGGCGAGGAGUGGAGCAACGUUGUGAGCGCGGCCGUUUGCGUGCACACAAUCGACCUCAACAUGGACUUGCCACUGUGGUUUGCAGGCGCGAACAUUGAGGACAGGCCGGAGGACGACGACAUGGCGGCGCACCAGUAGGCGACCGUUACAUGCAUCGCGCAUGCAUUUCGCG